CCCUAAUGCGGAAGUAAACCAGACGUGUCCACUUGAACCAACAUUCCGACGUGAAACAACCCCGUGCGCGUGGAACCGUUCGUCCCAACACCAACCAGUCUCCCACAUUUAGGCUCACGAAUUGAAUGCAUGUUUAAAAAGCGAAGUGUAAACCCGUGAUCGACAGGGGGGGACGAGUCGACGUCACUGUCCUCACACGCUGUUCGUGACGCCGUCUCUCGCGAACGGAAACGAAGAGUCGGCGCUCGCGCUCCCCGAUCGUUGAACACGUAAUUACAGGUUGUCCAGCAUCAUGAGUCAGCGGACCGAACGACGUGGGGGGAUACACGUGGACCAAUCGGACCUGCUGUGCAAGAAGGGAUGCGGUUACUACGGCAACGCGGCGUGGCAGGGCCUGUGCUCCAAGUGCUGGCGGGAGGAGUACCAGCGGGUACGGCACCAACAGAUCCAGGACGACUGGGCCUUGGCGGCAAAGUUGCAGCGGGAGGAGGAGGCAGCGUAUGCCAGCAGUCAUGGAGCGCAGACACAGUCACACUCCCAGUCCACAGCGCCGCUACCACACCCGGGCCACGCCUCCCUGGGACCCUUCUCCAAGUUUGAGGAGAAGAAGACCAACGAGAAGACACGAAAAGUGACCACCGUUAAGAAGUUCUUUAGUCCCUCGUCCCGCACUGCUCCCAAAAAAGAAACCCCAGAGGGCAAGACACCCAGUCCGUCAAUCAGCCACCGGGCCAGUUUCGAUACAGACCAGGUGUCCAAGGACUUUGCGGACUUCUUGAAAAACCUCCAGAAGCCCGGCCGGGAGAUCCAAAAGCAGUGCCGGGCCUUCAUUGUGAACAUGUCGGGCAAGAAGGACCUGGGCGCCGACGAGCUGUCGGAGUGCGUUCAAGAUUUCUACCAGAACUUGUCCGACCGUCUGAUAGGUCACUUUAAAGGCUCCUCAGAGUCUGUGGAGCAGGUGAUGGACCAAGUGGAAAAGUACAUCAUGACUCGUCUGUACAAGAGCGUGUUCUGUCCAGAGACCACGGAUGAUGAGAAAAAGGACUUGGCCACACAGAACAGGAUAAGGGCGCUACACUGGGUGACCAUCGAGAUGCUCUGUGUUUCUAUGGACGAGGAAAUUCCCGAGGUCUCCGAGAAUGUGGUCAAAGCGAUAACAGACGUCAUUGAGAUGGACUCCAAGAGGGUUCCUCGGGACAAACUCGGGUGCAUCACGCGUUGCAGCAAACAGAUCUUCAGCGCCAUCAGGACCACCAAGAACGAGCCGGCUUCAGCCGACGACUUUCUGCCCGCGCUCAUUUACAUCGUGCUCAAAGCCAACCCUCCGCGACUCCAGUCCAACAUCCAGUACAUCACCCGCUUCUGUAACCCCAGCAGGCUGAUGUCCGGAGAGGACGGAUACUACUUCACCAACCUGUGCUGUGCAGCGGCCUUCAUAGAGAAGUUGGACGCUCAGUCUCUCAACCUUUCCCCGGAGGAGUUCGAGCGCUACAUGUCGGGCCAAGCCUCGCCGCGAUGCAACACCUCAGAGGGCGACUGGAGCCGCGCCGAACCGCCGCCGACCAACCCUGUCCUGGCUCAGCUGAACCACAACCUGGAGGCGCUGUCGGGCCUCAGCAGCCGGCAGAAGACGCUGAUGGAGGCCGCUCAGAGCCUGCAGGCCGACCUCCUCUCCUGGCCCGCCGGCGUGCAGCGGGAGGUGGACGCCGUCCUGGAGAAGUACCCUCUGGAGGUCCUGCCUCGCACCGUUUCGGCCAUCGACGACAACGACGUGGACAAUGACAACCUGCCACCGCCGCUCACGCCCCAGGUGUUCGCCGGGUAGCGGAGUCUUCAAAUGGGAGUGGAAACAUUUCACGCACGGCAACGGUACUCCUGCUUUAACGAAAAAAGUCAGCUCAUUGCCCGAUGUUUUGAGUUUCAUGGCCCCACACCAACUAAUAUAUAUCACGCUGAGCUUCUUGUGCACCUUAAACGCCCGGAUUCUAUUGUUUGUAAACAGGAGCGAGACGCAAAUCAGCACCUUUGACCGAUGGCAAGUUAUCGAGACGGUGCCGACCUUCAGGAGAAUAGAGAGAGAGGGAUAAUCCAAGUACUCUACUUAAGUACAGUUUUGAGGUACCUUUAGGGGACAUGUAUUUUCUUUUAUUGCUACUUUAUGCUUUUACUCCACUACAUUUAAAAGAAGUAGCAGCGAGCGCGGCACCAACAUUUAUUUGAUGUGUUUAGAUCCCUUGCAGAUUGAGAUUAAUAAUGCAGAAUGUAAUCAAUCAAAUACUUUAUAAUGUAUCAGUAUUAGCCAGCAGUAUAGCAUCACAGACUAGAAUCCAACGACUGAAACGUCUCUUGAAUAAACUGUGAACUUGUUGUCAGUUAGGAAACUCGUGAGCAAAGAGAGAAUAUGUUUCCGAUCUUCAGUAACUCUUUAUUAAAAAGGAAAACAAUACAAGGGAGUAAACGGUACUUAAGGAAGCUCAGAGUGUACGGAGGCUCGCUAGCUCGUUAGCAGUUGGCCACUCUGGUGCGACCGGAGGCUCGCUAGCUCGUUAGCAGUUGGCCACUCUGGUGCGACCGGGGGCUCGCUAGCUCGUUAGCAGUUGGCCACUCUGGUGCGACCGGGGGCUCGCUAGCUCGUUAGCAGUUGGCCACUCUGGUGCGACCGGGGGCUCGCUAGCUCGUUAGCAGUUGGCCACUCUGGUGCGACCGGGCCUUGGCGGUUAUUCUGCUCCUCCAUCACAUUCGCCAAAUUGUCACGUUUUUUUUUUAGUAACCACAGAUUCUGGUUUGUCCGGAAAAAAAACAAACAACGGCGAGUAUAAACUUCGGUUUAUGGCCAAUGAGUUGGUGUUUUUCUGUUUGACUCGUUAUUUUAGUUUUUUUCUAAUAGAGAGGCGAGGUCCCAACCACUUACGGUGGACCAAAAAAUAUGUACGGUAGUCAUAUUUGAAAUACACAUAUAUUUGUCAAUUUAAAAGACGAUUUUGCUCAUCAAGAAAGUCACAUUUAGUUGGAAAAACCGUGAAAUUAUACGUCAAUAAGCUAUGAUGUCUGUGUGUUUCAUACCAGGAUGUAACGUUACCUGCAGAAACUACGGGUCUUGCUUGUUCUUUUAUCUUAUCGGCUGAUUUUAAAACACAUCUUGGUACGAUAACGUUACAUUUGUGUGUGGAUCUUCACUAAGUUACCCAACUAGAAAGCUACGGUGACGGCCGUGUUGGUGGCGAGCAUUGUGCGAGACGAGAGACGUAACGUUAGCUAACUGAGCGGUUUCACACAAAUCUAAAUUUGACUACCGUACAACUCUUUUUCCAAAACCAGAAGGGGAGGGUCUUUACCUCUAAAUAUACUAUUUGUUUGGACUUGUUAAUAUCACAACAUAAUCAUAUUUUUGUGUUUUAUACGUUUAAUACUUUGAACUGAGAUCCAGCUGCAACACAUUUAGUCAAGUCUCAAAUUAACUUUUACGAGGCUCUUGAAUUUUAAAUUGUUAUCAACACUAUGAUUUAACGUUGUACUAUGUUAAACUAUAUUUUGACAAGCUUUCAUGCAUUUUCAACUUCAUAAUGAAUCUGUGUUUGAUUGCAAAAAAGCAUGUUUUAUGAACAAUGUGUUUUAAAAUAUUGAUUAUGUCAUUUUCCUGUGACGUACUGUAUAAUAUUGGGCGCUGCAACAGGCUGGUGUCCGAUCGUCUGCUGCCCAACUACUGGUUUUGUUUUUAUUUUGACUCAUUUGCUUGAGAGUGUUUGUAGUAUUUUAAUUCAGUGACUAGCAUUGGAUUAAAAGCCUGUAAAAAUGAUAACUGUAAACUACUAUAUCUACUCAUCAGAGCCCUGUUUGGCAUGUGUGGGUCAACUAAUCCAGACUAAGGUGAUGUCAGAAAGUUUAAAUGAUCCUGUAAAUUCAAAUAGCUAACUUGGUUGUUUGAUGUCAGUUGUUUUUAAUUGAUUUUAUUUAAAAAAUCUAGGAUUAAGUUAUUUGAAAGACUAGUGUGCUCUUAUUAUGAAAUAAAAGACACCAUGAAUAGAAGUC